CGCCAAUGACACACACAUUCAAACUAUUUUCAUGGUGGUUUUCGCGGCACUAAGCGUCGUUGAACUUAAUUUCUUUUGAAUAAUAUAGAUCAAGUGAUAAUAGUUAUUUAUUAUUAUUUUGAAGUUAAGUGUUGGGACCUAGAUUAUUUCUGAGUGUCUGAAGUCGUUUAUUGUUUAUUGACAUUGCGUUUACAUUUUUUAUAUUGACAUAGCCAUGGUGAUAUAGAAAUAAUUGGCAAAUAUUAAUACCGACAUUUUCGAACUAACAUUGAUAGAUUACGUCAGUGAUCAGCGGUCGAAUGAGUUAUUGUUGGGAUACAAAAUGGAGGAAUCUGAGGACAACAUGAGCUCAGAAGACAUAAGGUAUGAUGUUAGUCCUUUGACAACCCGAGUGAAACCAAAAAAACGAUCAUUAGUUGAACGCGAAUUAGAAACUAAUUUAACGGCGAGAGUAACUUCCCCUAUAACAAAUUCUGAUUUAAGCAGCACCAGUCGUUAUGGCAGAGCUCGCAGGAUUAAAACUGAUAGUGAAUUUUGCGAUAAUGAGAAAGCGGCAACUAAAAAUACUAAAUCUCCGAACCCUAAGCUGGAGAAAUCGCCUAAUACUAUACAGUCCCCUGUAUAUAAAAUGCACGCUUCUAAUUCUCCAAUCAGAGUUGAAACACCAAAACAUUCAGAAAACUCCUUGGAUAAUACAAUAGAGAGUAUUUAUACUGAAAACAUCUCUCUGAGUCGUUUUGGUUCUGAAGAAAAGAAAUGUAAAUCAUCAACAAAGAAGUAUCCUAAAGUAUACAUACGGAAAGACCUUAUACAAACUAAAGAUAAAGACUCUGAUGAUACUGUUGUUCUGAUAAAAAAUAUGUUUUCUCCGAGUAAUAGUAAAAAAACAUCCAAUUAUUUAAAAAGCUUAGAUGAUUCUGAGAAGUAUAAUACACACACCACAAAAAAAGUAUCAAAUGGACAUUUAAAUUCUGUUGUAAAAACAUUAGAUUUUGGAGGAAAUAAGAAAAAAAAGAAUGUUGAGUUAAAGAUGGGUUUCUCUAAAAGUGAAUUGUUUGAAAUGGAAGCCAAGAGUGAGUAUCAAGUUGGUGACUUGGCUUGGGCGAGGAUGGGGACAUAUCCUUUUUGGCCAUGUAUUGUAACUAGAGAUCCAUUGAGCGAAAUGUUUAUUAAGAAAAAGUUGUUUGGACGUAUUGAGCGAGAUGUCUUACAUGUGACAUUCUUUGGUGACAACGGGCGCCGCGGCUGGAUCGUGGAUAGCAUGUUGAGGAAGUUCCUUGGCCAGCUCGAGUUUGAAUCAGCACGCAUAAAUUUCACACCUGAGGCUAAAAAGAAGGAUCCCAGACUAUACUCUGCUUUCUUCAUAUCAGAUAAAAAAAUAUCAUCGUGGCAAGUUUCGGUCAAGGAAGCAGAGUCACUGUUAAGAGAACCAAAAAGAUUAAGAAUCGACAUCCUAAAUGAUAUGCUUGAAAAAUCUCGAGUAGUCAAAGGUACUCCGAAACAAGAAAAAAGUAAGAAAAUUACCAGGACAAAUAGUGAUGUCUCCUUAAGUGAAAGUUUAUACGAUACACUAUUUUCUGAAGAUGAUUCUAAAACAAAUGAUUCAGAAAGAUCAAGAAGUAAAAGCAGAAAUAGAUCCUUAAAUGUGUCAGAGGUUGUAACUGCUUGCCUUGACAAUAUGGCCGCAAAAACAGGCAUAACUAAAAUCCAAAGGCAAUCACACAUGGAUAGAUGGCUGCAGAAAGCUAAGUCAAAAACCCCUGAAAAAACUCUUCUCAAAUCUCACAGUAGUAAAUCGAUCAGUGCCAAAACGAAAAAAAAGCUACCUCGAGAAUCGCAAUCCAAAAUGGUUCGACGCUUUAGAAAAUCCAGCCUUGAAUCUCAAUCUGAAAUUGAAAAUAAAUUAGCAUCAAAUCAAAAUGAACAUGAUUAUAGUCAAAAUUGUUGCAAACGUAAUAGUCCUGUAAUGUUAGAUGAUGUCGAAAUCGAAUAUGAGAAUGCGGAAAUAUUUACAACAGAUUCAGUUGGGCCUGGUUCCGGCAUAGGUAUUAUUUCUAAAGUUGAAACUCUUUGUCAUAAGGACUCUAUGGAUAAAAAUGAAGAUGAUAUGAUAAUGGCAGUUGUUAAUGAUGGAAUUAUUGUUCCUAAAGCGAAUGUUGAAAAUGAAAUUUGUAAUCAAAUCAAUGAACAAUCAGAUAGUAUAAGUGAUUUAUCCAGUGAUGUACAAAUAGAUUCAACAUCUGAAGAAAAACUCGAAAAUUCCAAAACAAAAAAAGACUCUGAAGUAGAAAAACAAAGUCAAACUGAAGCCGUAAAUACUGAAAUGAUAGAAAAUAUGGAAAUUGAUGAUGACACUAAUAAUGGUAUAAAUGAAAGUUCAUUAGAAAGUGCAAUUAUUAAUAAUAAGGAAUUAGUAAUAGAAGUUAUGUGUGGUGAACCAAGUAAUAAUGUUUUAAGUACAGAUGGGGGUGAAGAAUGCAUGGAAGUGAGUGACUUGAAUGCAGAUAUUGAAUCAAAUAAUAUGAAUGAAAUACUUAAUAAUGAAUUAAAAUUAAUUAAUACCUUUUGUAUUUCUUCAAGUGUCAACGACCCCAAUGUAAUCAAUGAAGAAAGCAGUGCGAAUGUAAAUAUUUUACAACAAAAAUGUCUAAAUAAAAAACUAGAGAAGGAACAAGAUGAAAAGAAAAAUCCGAAAAAAGAACUAUCGAAAGUGUUUAAAGUUAUAGAUUCGAAAAAAGAUAAAAUUAAUGUAGAAAGUGCAAGUGACAAUUGUGUGAAAAUCUCAAAAUUAGACAAUAUAUGUGUAAAUGUUGACAAUAAUGUUGCCCAUGGGAAGAUUGAAGAAAUAUGUAUUCAAGAAGGUGUAAAUAAUAAGGAAAGAUCUAAUGAUAUAGUUAAAGCAGCUGAAGAAAGUAAAUUAGUUAUGUUAGAAUUAAAAAACCAAAUAGGUAACGAUAAAGAAAUAAUAGAAAAUGGCCUGGGUGAUGACGAACAUGCUCUAUCAGAUAAUGAAGAGGAUGUAGGACCUUCUGCUCCAAAAUUCAAAACUAUAAUAAAAUAUAAAUUAUCUCUUAACAAGUCUGCUGAGAAAAUUAGUGACCAGAUUUCAAAUAGAUCUGACAUAUAUGAAAAAAAAGCUGAAAAUUCGGAUGUAGUCAAAACAUCAUCACCUAGUGAAAAUAAAGCAGAAAAUGUUCACUAUAAAAACUGUUUAAUCUCUGAUAAUAAUAUUAUAAGUUUAGAUUCUGUUAGUAGUUUAGAACUAGUAACAUUAGACGGUACAAUUAUAACACAAAAUGGUUUUAUUGACCAUGAUAAUUUUCAAACUGUGGAAAAUGUGAAUCUUGUUUCUAGCGCAGAUCCAGAAACAAAUAACGGUACAGAGAUUAAUUCAAAUAAUCACAAUGAUGAAAUGGAUUUUCAAGUUAGAGAAAAAAAUAUAGAUAAUAUGGAUAUUUCUAAUUAUGUGAUACAGCCGUUACAAACGGAAAGCGAUUCUAUUACAUGGAAUGGAUACCACGAGACUAAUAAAAUUAUAGAAAACAUUGAUAUAGCCAAAACAUCUGAACAAAACCAAAGUGAUGUUAAAAAAAAUACCCAUAAUGAAGACGAUUUUUUUAUUGAAAGCAAUUUUAUAGAUGAUAAUGAAGAGAUAUCACCAUAUGAGUUAGGAUUGAAUACUUGUAAUAUAUCUGUUUCUAAAAAUUUAAUUGAAACAGACAAUACAGAUGUUUAUGACAAAACUGAACUAGAAACAGAUGAAAAGGAACCGGAUAAUACGUUGGAAAAGCCAGAGGACAGUGAUGUUUCACUAGGUAAAAAAAAACAACGCUUGAAAGAUAAACCAGAUAAUAAAACCAAAUUUGAAGAACCAGACUUUUUAAAGUAUUUAGAGCUUAGACAAGAUGCAGUGAUGGACGAACAUCCAGAACUUUCCCUAGAAGAUAUCACCAAAUAUUUGUACAACACAUGGCUCUAUGAAGAGAAUUUGAAAACUGACACAAAGAAAGCAGAUGACAUGGAUCAAGCAAAUUUAGUUAAAGGUCUAAAUCAAGACAAGAUCCUACUAAAGAAGAUUCGUAAGAAAACAAAAGUCGACAAAGAACCAAACUAUGACAAAGAAGCAAAUGUCCAAAAAGAAAAAUCUAAACGAAGAAUUAUACGACCAUAUUAUAAAGAAGAUUUUUCGGAUGGAGAAGAUGAAGUGGAAUAUUUUGACAUCUUUAAAGUAAAACAAAAAGCACCGAAGCAGAUUGACAAUUUAAAUGAACCAGUUAUAAACGAAAACUACCAAAAUGAUUUUGCAACCAGUGAAUAUGAGGAAGAAAUGGGGCAAAAUGAAAUAGAUCAAGUUGAAGAAUAUUUUAGACAACUAACUGCCCCCAAACCUAAUUUAUUUAAAGGCUUAAUAAGAGAAAAAGUUUGUGAAAUCUGCGAAAGAGUUGGCAAUCUUGUGAAAUGUAAAGGAUGUCAUUCUAUGUUUCACACUGAUUGUGAUAAAAAACAAACCGAAAUCAUCGAAGUAUCUGCACCUACUAAAGGGGGAAGAAAAAAGAAGAAAAAAAGAGGAAGGAAGGCAAAAGAAGAUAUAAACAGUCUAGAUUCUGAAAGUCAGAGUGACGAUAAAUCUCAAGAUGCAAACGUUUCCGAUGAAAUCCAAAAUACGUCCAUCGAUGAAGAAGAAUCUCACAUAGUAGCUGACGCCGACAUUUUCGAAGCCCAGCUUUCUGCGAAAAUGAAAGAAAUCCUUGAAACGCCAGAUGAAUUGGAUUAUGAUUCGUAUUCGAACGAUGAAAACGAUUGGAAUGACAUUGAUGUUGGCGAAUGUAAAAUUGUAGACAUAAAGCCGCGUCGAAAAGAUCAAGAAGAAAAUAUUGAUUAUUCAGAUUUUAAAUGCUAUAACUGUUUAAAAUACGAUAAACCAAUUUGUUUUGUUUGUAAAUCAUCCAUCUCCCCUAAAGAUAAAGCAGAACAUAGACAGCGGUGUCAAGUAGCGCACUGUCAAAAGUACUAUCAUCUAGAAUGCUUGGACCAUUGGCCCCAAACACAAUUCAACGCGGGCGAACUUUCUAGAACGAAUAAAAGUAAUGAAUUCUGCGAGGCAUUGUCGUGUCCAAGGCAUGUGUGUCAUACAUGUGUUUGUGAUGACCCUAGAGGGUGCAAAACGAGGUUUAGUGGGGAUAAGCUAGCUAGAUGCAUCAGAUGUCCUGCUACAUACCAUACAUUCACCAAAUGUCUUCCAGCGGGCACACAGAUUUUGACUGGCUCGCACAUUAUUUGUCCCAGACAUUAUGAGCAUAGGCCCGGUAAAGUUCCAUGUCACGUGAAUACUGGCUGGUGUUUCAUAUGUGCUUUGGGUGGUUCAUUGAUAUGCUGCGAGUACUGCCCCACAUCCUUCCAUGCUGAGUGCCUUAAUAUUAAACCACCGGAAGGUGGUUAUAUGUGUGAAGAUUGUGAGACUGGACGUUUGCCGUUGUAUGGUGAAAUGGUGUGGGUGAAAUUAGGACACUAUAGAUGGUGGCCGGGUAUAAUUCUACACCCAUCAGAAAUACCACAUAAUAUAUUAGCAGUUAAGCAUUCCCAAGGAGAGUUUGUGGUACGUUUCUUUGGUCAGUAUGACCACUAUUGGGUGAAUAGGGGACGCGUGUUUCCCUUUCAAGAAGGCGACUCUGGUAAAGUGUCUAGUCAGAAGUCCAAAAUAGACGCAGCUUUCACAAUGGCGAUGGAACACGCGCAAAGGGCCUGUGAAAUACUUAAAACCGCAUCAACCAAUGAUGAGGAAUCGAUUGACAUUGCGUCGUCCCUGCUGCCGCCUCACUACGUGAAGCUGCGCGUGAACAAGCCGUGCGGGUCGCUGUGUGGGAGGAAGAUAGAUAUAGAGGAGAGCUCGCUCACUCAGUGCGACUGCGACCCCGCCGACGUGGACCCGUGCGGGCCCUACACGCAGUGUCUCAAUAGAAUGUUAUUGACCGAGUGUGGACCGACGUGUCGCGCAGGGGAUCGUUGCAAUAACAGAGCGUUCGAGAAACGUCUGUAUCCCAAGAUGACACCCUACCGGACACCCCACAGGGGCUGGGGGCUGAAGACUCUGGUCGACGUUAAAGCCGGUCAAUUCGUUAUCGAGUACGUUGGCGAGCUGAUAGAUGAAGAUGAAUUCCAGCGGCGCAUGCGCAGGAAACACGAGGUCCGAGACGAGAACUUUUAUUUCUUAACAUUGGACAAGGAGAGGAUGAUAGAUGCCGGUCCGAAAGGGAACUUUGCAAGGUUCAUGAACCAUUCCUGUGAGCCCAACUGUGAGACGCAGAAAUGGACGGUGUUGGGUGAUAUACGUGUCGGUCUGUUUGCGCUUUACGAUAUACCUGCUAAUAGUGAACUAACAUUCAACUACAAUUUAGAAUCGGCCGGUAUCGAGAAGAAGAGAUGUAUGUGUGGUGCGAAGCGCUGUUCGGGAUAUAUAGGAGCUAAGCCAAAACAGGAUGAUCAACCAAAGAAAAGUAAAAUAACAACGAAGCGUACGUACAAAAGGCGUAAACAGAUAGAGGACUCGCCAUCGACCAGCCGGACGAAACCAAAAAACAGAGUCGGCAGACCGAAUAAGCCGAGAGAAUUGACAGAAAUAGAAAAAGACCUGCUGAUAAUAAAGAACGCUACGAGCGGCAUAUCUAGCGACUCAGAAUGCAGCGGGAGGCUCAGCAGUAUUGAUAGUUCAAGAGAUGCCAAAGCUUUGAAGAGGAAACGAAUAAAUGUGUCGACGGAGGAUGUACCUUCAUCCCCGAGUACGAAACGGAUGAAGAGUGAACUGAAAUCAAGCGAAUUAGACUGAGUUUUGUUCUAAAUCAUGUUAAUAGUUUCGUUUGUACGUUGAGAAUUAUGGAUUUUAUUUACUUGUAAAUAAUUAGUUAACGCUUUACAUAUCAGCUGCUAUGAAUAAAUAUGUAUUCGAAUAUAUG